AUGACGGCUGCUCCAUAUAACUACUCCUACAUCUUCAAAUACAUUAUUAUUGGCGAUAUGGGUGUUGGAAAAUCUUGUCUGCUGCAUCAGUUUACUGAGAAAAAGUUUAUGGCCGAUUGCCCUCAUACGAUUGGAGUUGAAUUUGGGACCAGGAUUAUUGAAGUCAGCGGGCAGAAGAUUAAGCUUCAAAUUUGGGAUACUGCUGGACAGGAGAGAUUCCGUGCUGUCACUCGUUCGUAUUAUCGUGGUGCUGCCGGAGCUUUGAUGGUGUACGAUAUGACUCGCCGCUCCACCUACAAUCAUUUGAGCAGCUGGUUGGCCGAUGCAAAAAGCUUGACUAACCCAAAUACGGCAAUCUUCCUUAUCGGAAAUAAAGCGGAUCUCGAAGACCAACGUGAUGUGCCAUACGAGGAAGCAAAAGCUUUUGCUGAGGAGAACGGACUCACUUUCUUGGAGUGCAGUGCGAAAACUGGAAGCAACGUGGAGGAUGCCUUCCUGGAGACAGCCAAGCAGAUUUUCCAAAAUAUCCAAGAUGGAAGCUUGGAUCUGAAUGCCGCUGACACCGGAGUUCAGCCCAAACAAAACUUGCCACGUGCUGCGGAGAACAAUGGAAAGAAAGACUGCAAUUGCUAG